AUGAAGAAGAAGAAGAAGAAGAAGAAAUUGAAGCGACCGAUACUUCACGGUGUUGGCGUCGUCAAAUCCUUAAAAGUGGCGAAACGAAUAACCGCGGAGUUUCACCGGAAAUCAGAAGCGGCGUUGGAGCAGGCGGGAGAAGGAGCAGCAAGAGCAGCGUCGGAAACGGAAAGAGACAUGUAUCAAAAAGCGAGUCAAGCUGCUCUUCAGCGAACCUCACACGUGAGAAAAUUCGUCUACUCUACGUUGACUACUCUGAACAAGAGACCGGGAAAAGGCGAGGAGAGGAAAGUUUUGAACGGGUUAGAAGUUGGAGCGGUAACCACGGAGUUUUGCUGCCAGUCGCCGAGCUGGAUACGGUUUCGCUCGAUCGAUUUGAACUCGCAACAUCCAAAGAUUGAAAAGCGAGACUUUUUCGCUCUCAAAGUUUGCGAAGACGAGUUCGACGUCGUUCUCAAUUCGAUGGUUUUGAACUGCGUGGCGGAACCGGAAGAUCGAGGAGAAAUGUUGCUACGAAUGGCGAAAAUGUUGAGGAAAGAAACAGGGGUCCUUUUUAUCACGAUUCCUAGGAGGUGCGUGGAAAAUAAUCCGUUUUGUUCCGUGGAUAUUUUCAACGAGUGUUUGCGCGCGUGCGGUCUCUCUGUCGUUCUGACGAAGUUCUCUCCUAAAAUUGCGUUUUGGGUGUGCGAGAAAAAAGGGAAGAACGUCGCGAACGCGCCGAAAUUAAACCGCCGGGAGAAGAAGACGAAGAAGACGAACUCUUACUUCUCCGUUCGUUUUCAUCGGAGCGAGCGGAGGCGAAUCGCAGAAUAG